AUGCCGGGAGGGCCUGAAUCAUUUCUUAUUGAAAAUAUUCUCAGGAAAAGUGAUGACACUAACGAACGAAGUACCAUGGACAUAUCUGCAUUGGAGUCUUUCAACGAUGUUGCAUGCAAUCCACAUAAGCCUCCUUCGGAUAAGGAACAUACUAAAGACAACUCAUCCUCCAACUCUGGAUCGACGAACCUCUCUCCACCUCAGCCUGGUAGUUAUAGAAGUGAAAGCAGUGAGGAAUCACCUGCACUGAAGUUUUCCACUGAGUCAAUAAUGAUGUCUUCGCCUGAUAUAAAACGAAAUCGUGACUAUUUAUUCCCCAUUGAUGAAAGUGUUUCACCUCCGAAUCAAUUAACUUUUCCAUGGUUGCAUUUGCCACCAGUUUUGAGUGGAUUUUAUCAAGGAGGACUUACUGCAACACCCUCUGCACAUUUUCCAACGCUAGUAACCCGAAAGAAAGACGAGAGCAUUAAAAUUACUCAAUAUUCUUCCUUUGAAUUUGAACAUGCUCUCUUAGAAGAAAAUCGACCCAAAAGAGUACGAAUAACUUUCUCCUCCUAUCAAGUUAAAGUUCUUCGAGCCAUAUACUACCAAAGGAAGUAUCUUUCAAGAACGGAACGGUCGAAGUUGUCAGGAAUGCUGGGCGUCAGUGAACAGCAGGCCAUACGGUAUCUUCAGUUAAUGCUGCUUUUUCUUCAAUACGAAAGUGGGACACCAGAAAGAAGAAUUGAAUUAAAAAUUUGGUUCCAGAAUCAACGAUACAAGGAAAAAAGAGGCAUUGAAGUGGAGAAGGAAAAUGCCUACUUUUCAACAAAUAAUUCAUCCCAUGUUCAAAUGGAUCCGCUAUUAUCACAAUUGGCACCACCAUAUUCAUCGCACUCCGGUUUUGCGAACAAGUUGAGGGAAAUUCUCCGUUUCCCACUUCCACCAACACUCCCACCUCCUCCGCCACUUCUAUCACAAAUGAAAUCAGCGCCACAUCGAUGUUUAGCGCAGACUGCUAGUAUGAGUCUUCACACCUUGACUCCUUGA